GUGGGAUGUGUAAGGCACGCUGCUAUGUCAUCGCGCCGCGAUUUCGCCUCUCCGUCCUGCUCUCGAAAAGGCAGACAAGGCUUCAAGUCAUAAAUUGCAUUUUGUGUGACUCCUCCCCUAUUUCGGCUGCUUGCUCACGCAGCCACCCACGGAUGUGAAACAAAAAUGUGCGAAGCGAGGCAGGGAGCACUCUCGCCAGGGCAGAUUCCAUCUCCCCUCUAGCGCCGGGGUGCCCGUCCUGCUCCGACACCAUCUCACUCCUCCUGAACGUAACGCAGCUUUGGCUAAUCACAAAUACAUAAGCGUUUUUCUCCCAUCCGUUCUCAUCGGCCCAUACUCCAAGAAGAAGAAAAAGAAAAAGUCCGGGGCUGUACACGAGCGUGUCUUUGUGCCAGUGCUCGUUCGGCGGGCUGACAGAGGCGGCAUUGUUCGCAGGCUGUGGCCGGCUUGGCAGCCGGAGAAGGUGGGGAUCUGCGCCGCGCAUACGGAAUCGGCAAGCGGCCGAGGACGGGGGGCGAGAAACUCCUAGAGCUGCAUUAACGGCAAGAGGGAGUUUGAUAGCGCCUCGCUAAUAGCUUCUCCUGGUGUCUUCUGCACAAUGCGAACGGGGUCUGGCACGAGGAGUCCUUGUUAACCGAAGCCCAGAAGCUUUUGCAUCCUCCCUGGGAGAGCCUGCAUGAAGACUUGCGUGGACGGUGCUGUAAGAAGCAGAAGGAGCACGCAGCACAGAUGCCAGCCUUCUCCCAGGAAUAACCUCUUCGUCCCCAAGUGACACCAGCUCCUGCUAGUACCAUGGGGCCAGAGGGUGGUUUCUUAGGCAGUGGUCAGGUCCACGUCAUCCUGUGGGGAAGUUUGGCAGCCAUGACAACACUCUUGUUCCUCACCUUCCUCAUCUUCCUCUGCUCCAGCUGCAACAGGGAAAAGAAGGCCAAACACCAGAAUGGAGAUCAUGAAAAUCUGAUGAAUGUGCCUUCCGACAAGGAGGUGUUCAGCCACUCGAUCACAAGUUCGGCUACAGAGCCCCCUCCGAGCAGCGACCAGAACGGGGUACUCAGCAAUGGCGAGGUACUCUCAGAGGACAGUACAACUGCCUGUAUCCAGCCUUAUGAAGAAGUACAGACAUCUGUCUCUGAUCUCCUAGAUCAACAGGAUAGUCUUGGAAAGUCUAUAAAAUGUCACCAGAGCCGGGAACUACCCAGUAUUCCCCCUAACACCACCAUGGAAACCAUCAUCUCAGCUAGAAAUGCAGAAAAUGAUCAAGGUCUUGGAAUGGAAGGGCCUUACGAAGUCUUGAAAGACAGCUCCUCUCAGGAGAACAUAGUUGAAGACUGCUUGUAUGAAACUGUGAAGGAAAUUAAAGAUGUUGGAGCAGUAGCCGUCAUGGAAGGGAGCUGUAACAGCAAAUCAAAGGCUUCGCUGACAGUUUCUGAAGGUCAGAAUCAGAUUCCUGAGUGCAAGAUUGAAUCAGCAGAAUAUGCAUCUGUUGACCGAAAUAAAAAAAGUCGCCAAAGUGCUAAUUCAGAAAGCCCUCUUGACAACACACCAGAUGUAGAGGAUGAGCUUCCCCCUCCAGUACCCAUGAAACUUCUUGAUGAAAAUGAGAAUGUGCAAGAAAAAGAAGUGGAAGAAGAAGAGGUGACCGAAGGAGCAAGUAAACCUGAGAAGAGGCUUAGUUCAAUGUCUUACAAGUCUCGAGAGGAAGAUCCAUCUCUUACAGAAGAUGAGAUCUCAGCCAUGUACUCGUCGGUGAGUAAGCCGGGACAGGCCAUCAAGGCACUGGAUUCUCCUUACACCUGUAUUCAAGAAAUUACAUCUCAGAGGUCCCCGUCUAUUUGCAGUGGCCUCUAUGCAAGCGUGAAGGACUUUGAAAACCCCCUAAAUACUACCACUGUGCCUCAGUCAGCGGACAGACCAAAUGGGGAACUGGAGCCUGACUACGAAGCUAUCCAGGCAGUGAGCCAAGAAGAGGACAGGACCUUGUCUGUGCCUAACACAAACCACACUGCUCUUUCAGGAGAGAAUGACUAUGAGAGCAUAGGGGACUUGCAGCACCACAGGGAUUUCACCAGACUUUAACUACUCUGGCAGGCAGAUUGCUCCGCUGGUAUUUUCAAAGGAACGUGUGAAACAUGGGAGAGGGAAGUGCUUCUCCUUUUGAGGAACAAAGCUAAGAGAACAAAACUUGUGAAGAAGCAGCGUAUGUUUCAGCUGGGGUGUGAUACCUGCUAGGUUGUUCUGGGCAGUGGAUGGGAGGCUCACAGGAAAGGGUUCGUCAGGUCUGAAUGACCACCAGGACAACGUAAAAGCUGCUUCAUUGUUAGCUCCAAGACGACCAGAAUUUGGGAAGGAGCGCCAUGCUUGUCGUCCUGAUAGGAUUACAUACCAAAAAGACUGCCUUUACACAAAGCUAGCUUUUCAUUUUAAGAGAUUAUUUGAUGUCAUUUGCCUCAGAGUAUUUUUCAACCAUCAUUUUUCAUUCAAGUUUGGGUAUCCACAAUGUUGAGCAAAUCACGGAUCACUGUACCUCAACUCAGACUUAUUUUGCAGGGCUGGGGAAGGCGUGCUCACCUCCGUGUCUUUUGGGGAGCUCCGUCCACAUUCAUUGCAACUAAAGUGCAAACAACAACUUCACAAGGGACCUACUCCAAAUGUACUUGAAAUUAUUAUCGGCUUUUUCUUUUUUUUUAAAUGUCAAGGGCUGUAGAAUGUGACUUGCAAUAUUUGAGGUGUGUACUGGUAUUUGUAGUUUUUUUGUUUGUUUUUUUGUGAAACACCACAUAAAAUGGCAAGUGACACCCUUAGCAUUCUUGUACCAUUCCCCUCACAUGCACACAUACACCUAUGCAUACACACACACCAGACAAUUGUCAUAUUGCAAAAAGCUGUGCAAAUGAAUGCACUGGCAUAAUGUUUAGUCUAACCUUAAUAGUGUUGAGUCAUUUUUUGAAGAAUUUUGCCCUUUUUUAAGACUUAAAGUAUUUAAAUAUCUUUGUCUAGUUUAUUAUAUAGGAAAAUUUAGGUACUGUGUUGAGUGGAUGAUAUUUUUUAUUUUUACAAUGUAAUUUUCAUCUUCAAAGUUUUUGUAGAUUAACUUACUGUCUUAUGUAACAGGAGGAAUCCCAUUUGUUGUUUGGGCUUUAUUUGGUUUUCUUUUUUUUUUUUUUCCCCUAUUUCUGAAGUAUGUAAAUGAACAAUUGCCUUUUUUUUUUAAUCUUCUUGAGCAGGGAUGUGGAAUGCCUUGCUGUUUUUAAGCUCAAAAUAAUGGAGUCUAUGUAAAAGAACACUGCCAAAGGGCAAAAAAGAGGCAGAAGAACCUGGGAUUUAGUCUGGGAUAGCCACUGGUCCUCCUUGUUCCGCUUUCUAAAAGGAGGAGGAGGAGGGUGACCAAGAACUUCUUGGGGCUCUGACAAGCAGUUUGAAAGCCACUGGCUUUUCAAAGAUACCAAGUUAUUCUGUUACUAUUAAAAACAAAGUACAGUGCUUGGAUGAAAUAAGUAGGUAUUGGGUUGAUACUUUUUUCUUCAAGAACAGUAUUAUGAAUAGUACAAUAGUACAAGAAUAGUCCGCCACUAGAGAACUGGCAUUGUGUGAUACGCAUUUGUACACAGUUUUGUGUUCGCAUAUGCAUAUAUCCCCAUGUAUAUAAGCAUGCACAUGUAAUUUGGACACAAGUAUAAAUUACAGUCCAAACUUGGUAACAUUCAAAUACAUUCACGUACGUAGUAUCUGGCAUGUGCUUGAAGAGUAGUUUAUUUUUAAUUUGAAAUAAACAGUACAUGAACUGAGGUUGGCUUAUUCCAUAGUAGCCAAAACAGGUUUAGUUUCAGUUCAUUUGGUACUGGGGUUUGAUAUACCAGAUUGAGUCCUUCUCAGAUCGCUGGCCAGCGCUCAACAUUACUUGGUACUAUAAAGAGCAAACACAGAUCUGGUUACAAGUGUACUGAUUUAUGGGCUUCGCCUGUAAGUAGAACAGCUCUGAGGAGCAGUGCAAGUGUGCAGUCAAACUCUGCCCACAGGGUGAUUCAAACUUCAUGGAUCCCAACCUCAUGCGACGGUGCAGCAUGCUUGAUCUAUGACUCUCUUCCUUUAAGGAGAAGCAGUUCAGACCAGUCUACAUCCAUCUUGUUCUUGACCAUGCUGCCAUGCUUCCACAGCUGCAGCAAACCCUUUGCUUCCACUUCACUGCAGUGCUUUUUAAAGCUGACUUUGGUCUUCCUUUCUGGAGUUUUUCCCUCAGAAUAAGUUUCUAUUUCUGUUCCCUUGAAUGUGAAUUCAUGAAGUUCGCCUUUGACUGUUCUCUCCUUCUACUUCACACUGUUUAAGGCCAAAGAUAAGAUGCACCAUGUUUCAGAAGAUCUGUUGUGCUAAGUCUGGAGAAUUUCUGAAGUCUAUGUGUUUGCUGUCUGUUCCUUGCUCAGGGGUACAGGUUUAUAUAUGUAGUCCUUAGUCUGACUCCUGCAACUUAGUGGCAGGCAUACCUCAACUACUGAAAUUCCCAAAUACAUCUCAAGAUGUAGUUAUCCCUUAAGGAUUGUCUUACUCAUUACAUGGAUGACUGCUUCUGGAGAAACAGUAGCAACAUGAGGUUUGUCAGGUUCACCAGAUUCAAUUUCAAGACCAGUUUAAAUAUAAGAGAUAAUGCCAGUUAACGACAGCAGAGAGUAACACUGAACUCUUGACUGUAAAAUGUUAAGGUGCAAAAGAAGAAAAUCAAAUACCACUCUAGAAGUGCCCCCAUCAAGAUCAGCAAGUCAAAGGAAGGAGGAGGGCUGCCUGGUUGCUCUUUGCAGUCUUUCAGAGCAGAAUCAAGAGCGCUGGUUUGGAAGAAGGGACACGAGACUCAGCUCCUUCCUUCCUUCCUUUCCCCCAUUCUGACAGCUGCUCCUUGAGACCCCCAGGCUUCCCUUUUCCACAGUGAAAUCCCUCCCCCUCUCUUUUUUCUUUCGUUUCUAUUUUUAACCUGCCUCAUACAGCCUCGCACUGGGAGCUGGUACUAUGUCUGCAGUCCUGUGGUGCUGGCACAUUCCUUCCCAUUUAAAUGACUCUCAGGCUGGCCAGAACCUUUUCAUUGUCCACCAGACCCUCAGCCUGGUGGGGAGGGAGCUCAGAUUUUGGAUUGCUGGUUGUGGGAUGUGUACCUGCCCUCAGCCGUGGAGACCCCUGCACACUGAACUCUUGAGAGCUACAAAAAGGAAUUGCCCUCCUGAACAGGGACACACAGGGGAGUCCGUAACUGCCCUACAAUCUCCACUAUAUAGUCUAAUGCUAAAGAAAAAUGUUUUAGAAUUCAGUCCAAGGUUCUUAAGUGAAUAAUUACAUCUCUUGACAAAGAAUCAAGCUUCUGUUUUAGUUCCCUCUUCCGAGAAGUAAGAUCUGUUCCUUUACAGCUGUUGCCAGUGCUUUCUUUUCACUAAUAUAUUGGAUAGAAAGAUUUUUUCCAACGGUAAUCCCCAAAUAGAUUCAUCUGACUGUAAGAAAAGCAAGUCUCUUCUGCUUGUCUCUUCAUUGCUAUUUUUUCCUUUUUUCACCAUAUCCAUAAAUAAAAUUUCAACAUCCAAACUGAUGUAUUUGUUGUUACCUGGUGAUCUUUUCUGGGGAAGCUUCACGGUCUGUUUCUUUGCCUCCAUUUUUUGGCACAAGUAUAUAAUAAGAUCUCACAAUAAAUUGUCACAGUAAGGCUGAGACAAGCUGUAAUGUGUGCAGAACUGCACUAGUGAAAAGGUCUUUUCUGAUUUCCUUCUGGGAACUUGUAGAAAUAGGAAAUGCAGUUUGGAUGUCUCUUCCAUGAAUCUGCAUCUCCUGUGGGAGUUGUUCUCACCACAUACCUAAACCAGUGCUAACCCCAUACAUAAACCAGUUGCCCCUUUCUACCAUGAAUGCAGAAUUGCUUUCUCAGUCACAGAGAGAAAUAGAUUCUUUACAGAUAUCAGUAGCACAGGCGUGUACCUAAUUACCACGGUUAGAUCAUUUAUAGUGCCUUUUCUACUAAGUAGCUAGUACUUCCAUACUCUUUUCCAUACUUCGUGUGUUUAACUCAAAAGUACAAAGGAACAACCCCAACAUUUACUUGUCUAAGUUGGAAACAGCUUUAUAGAGACACAUUAAAUGUACUGGACCUCAAUUAGCCCUACAAUAGCAAUAGUCUCACAAACAUUCUUUAAAAAGCCCAGUAAUGUAGCUACGAUGACUAAGCUUUGCAAUAAGAAUUAUCAGUCUUCUUUUAAAGAACCUAAGUUUUUCAACAGUGAGCAUUCAGGGAGGUGGUGGUCUUUGUCCUUGUCAGCUGUGAACAGUUGGUUGCUUCAGUCUUUCUAUUAAUAUCAAUUGCAGGCUUGCUUAUAUGUAGCAGUAUUCAUGGGGUGAGGGAUGAGUAGGUGUGGGGAUUCAUAUUCAUGAGUCACCCAGAGCUGGACCAUUCCCCACAGUAGCAGCUGGCUGAGGACCAGCCGCCUUGUUCUGUAAGCCCUCGUCUAUCGUGCCUUCAGGGAAUCCAUCCUGCAGGGAUUCUUCUGGGCUGCGUGCUUCUCCAUGGCUCCCUGAACAGCUCCUGUCCACUGUCUCAAUCACAAUUCUGUAUACGCGGUGCUCUCUGUUCAACCUUUCAAUGGUGCUUUUAUAAGAUGCUGGAUAAAUGGUUUCAAUGUGCUUUCUGAAAGCUGAUGUGUAAAGCUGUGACACAGAGUGCUCUCUCUAGUAUUGUCUACUUCCCAGAACUUAGCGUUAACUGUGUUACUCUGACUACAAAAGACUGACAGUGCUGCCCUGUCUCUCGUUCAUCCCACACACAACCAGACUGGAGUCAUCAGGUGGAACAAGCCUAGGUCGGGCCACACGUGUUUAAAAGCAGCCACUGAGGCCAGGUGCCUUGGCUUGAAUGCAGAGACAUGGCUCUCAUCUGUGCAGUGUGGGACUGGAAACAUGGUAGAGCCCAGUUCAAGGGCUUUCUUCUGUCUCCUAUUGUGCAUAUACAUUUGUUUGCAAUAUGACUGUAAGAAAUUUGUUUCUGCAACAAACAUGUUAAUUUGGGCCACACUCCAAUGAGGGACUUUUGCUGUUAGGCAAAUUACCAGUUAUUUCAGACGAGUGUUAUUUAUUUAGGUUGGAACAUGCCUGAAUAAGGCUGUUUUAUGUGCCUCACAAAUAACGUGGGGUGUGUAUUCUACUGCAAAACAGGAGAAUGCAGAAAGAUGCUCAGUCUGACAGAUGCUCCUGUGGUGGUGUGCUGAAGACUUUCAAUGGCAGGUCUCUUCCUGGGAGCAGGGAGCAUAAUUGCUAUUAAUACGAUUUCAUACUCUGGUGCUGAAGUUGAUUUAUAGCAUAUCUUUUGGGAUGGUCAUGGCUGAAGACAUUACUAGAGAAGAUUUCAGCAUCCAAAAAAAAUUUUAAAAAAUAUUUUUAUAUCCCUUGCUAGCUAGCAACAUAUGUUGAGGAUUAUGCUAAAGAUAAAUGCUAUGGAUGGAACAUCACAGAAGUAAAAACACAGGGUUCCCUUUCUUCAAGGAGAGGGAACCCCCUUUGGUUGGGUCAGUAUGAAAGAUCCCAGGCUUACAGAAAGUAUUAAAACAGUGAAAGUAUUAAACAAAUUAAUUGCCUAUGUGGUAAUUUUCCAGGAGUGCAUUAGGAUAUCACAUACAGUAGACACUGUUCUUUUCCUGGGGACAACAGAAAGACAAAAGCUUAUUUGUAACAGAAGGUCCCCAUUGAUUAAUUGAUAAGACUUACUUUACAUGUAAGCCAAAGGUCAGCAUAUGUCUACACAGUGUAGAUAUACUUAAGCUAACUCAAAAUAAACCCGUCCAGGCAUUGUAAGUAGAAUCACUAGAACAAUUUAAUGCUCUACUUGGUCUGACCUGCUCACAUAGCUAACUCUGGCACCCCAAUUUCCAUAGCAAAUGGGUUAUCUUUGCAUUACAUACCCAUUGGCCUGUGCCCAGUCUACAGAUAACUUCUGUUUUUCUCAAGCUGUGGGGUUUUGUUGCUGGAGGUCUUCAGUUUCAAACUGGCCAGAAGGACAGUCACUACAAACAUGAUAGUGAAGUGCCUAAAUAUGUUUCUGUAAAGGUGAAGAUGCUCACUGUUACUGCACAGCAACUUGUCUACUGUAUGUGGUACUCUCUUGCCAUACACAUUCCUAAAUAUUGGCUUUCAUUUGUGAUGUUCAUUUAUUGUUAUAAUAGCACAGUCUGACAAGGUUUCUGUCUCUGCAAAUUCAUUGUCUAAUUUUAACUAGCAUAUGUUUGUUACAGAAAAUAUAAAAUGAGAUUCUUUGUUCAGUUUAGAGGGCAGCUAUGAUAUUUCUUAGAGUUUCUACAGUGCAACAACCUGCUUAGAUGAUUUGUCAACUAUGUAUCACUUGACUUCAAAAUGCUUCAUUUGGGAUUUCAGAAUGCCUCCCGUUCACUACAAGACAAUGUUACCAACUCUUGUAAUUUUUAUCUUGUAAUAUUGGCAAGGGGGUUUUAAACCUUACAAAUCUUAUUACUUAAAAAAAAAAAAAAAGACAGUGCUGAUGUUUUGACUUCCUAAUAUCUACAAAGAGACUCUCAUAUUUUAACUUUCAGCACAGGUUGGGUUUGGACUACCCUCUUAUUUAUGGAACUGCUCCUCUCUGCCAUGUUCAGCCAUCACCAUCUGAGUAUCUUUUUUGACCUUGAUGAAAUAUGGCAACUGUGCAGAGGGCACAGAAACUGCAUCACAUAACACUUCUGAAUGGGACGUUUUAAAUUUGCCUGUGAGAUUGAGGCACCUGGACCUAAGUCGGAAAAUUGGGGAAAUCACAUCCUGUCUUGCAGACUUCUGUGAAGGUCUUUGCUUUCUUUCAAGGAAAGAAGUUGUGUAGCCUGCAAGCACUCAACUGACAUGGAAAGAUGUAUGUAAGAGGUGAACUGGUACAAUGUUUAAGUGUAUUAGUAAAAAACCACCUAAGAGCACAAGAACUUUCUCACAUGUCUGGGGAUACUGGAAUUUGGACUUUAUCUCUGAGGCUAUUUGAGAAUGGUCACGUAACCAGUCUCCUCAGAACACCUAACAGCAGACAAGUCUUUGAGUGAGCAUCUGGAUCACUCUGGUGGCUCCUGAGUUUCCACACAUGCCACCUUCAUCAUUUCCAGCAGGGCCUGUCUUGUCUCUGUGGUUAUGGCUACUUAGGAAUGGCCCUUUGCUUCACAGUCCUGACCCCUUUAACUUAAGAAAGGGGAAUAUGAGCUGCUUCUCCUCAGUCUGACUAGGUGAAAGUGUGCUAAAAACCCACCUGCAAACCCGGAAAAGAGCAUUUACCGUUGGGGCAAGACAUGUAUAGCCCACUGCAGCAGCUAGGAAGAGGGAGGUAAAAGGAACGAUAGCUAAGUUUCAUUUGCACUUCACCCACGUCACAGACUACCUGUUUGGAAAGAUUUUUACAGUAGAAGAGGUUGCAGUUAAGGGAUGAGUUGCCAAGAAUUUCACAGGAGGUGGAUGGAAUUGUUUAUUCUUCUCAGUAUGCCCUGUACCCAAAGAGGCAGGGGCAAGUCCUCUCUGCCCCACCAUCAUGCAGUUUGCUGAUGCUUUAUCAAGCCUCCACAUCAACAGAAAUUAAAUUAAUAAAUAAAUUCUAAAUACAGGUUUUUGUUCUAUCAUAAACCCAAAAUGGACAAAUGUAGAUGCACUAAUGUAACUACCAUGUGCAGAUCUGGACUUGCACAGAUGGUUUUUAGAAAAAAAAAAGAACUCUGGAUUAUUUUACUUAAAUAGAAUUGUUUGCAUGAGACAAGAGUGCAGGAUUGGACCCUAAGACAGAGUUUAGAAGAAGUUUGGUUUGGUGCUAUGUAUUUUUGUUCGUAUUUUCAGUGACAUAUAUUUUCUUUCUUUUAUGUUAGUGAAUUGAUAUGACUUCCACAGGAACAACAAAAAGUAGUCUGGUAUAUGGAUAAUUAUCUCUAAUAGCUAUUAUUAAAAUCAUGUCUCAGUAGGAGUCACUUUAAAUUGGGUGCUAUAGGAGCUUCAGCAUUAAAUUGCUUUAUAUAUGGAACAUUGCAUACUUAGAACAUAGUGGAUAAAUAUUUGUAAUUACAGACACUUUCAUUUAUUUUAUCCAUUGUUUUAUAAUGGAAAAAAUAUUUAUUGCGGGAAUGGUUUUCCAGCAAUGUUCUCUUACAUAAUGUUCUCACAAUACACUGAGUUUUCUGGUCAGCCAUUUGAUUCUCUGGUCACUGGUGCAGAACUGCAAAACAUCCUCAGAUCAGUAUGAGAUUCUGAAAAGAGAGGAUCAGAACUGUCUCUGGCUAUCUUAGUGUGGAUACAGUUAAAUACACUGUGUAGUUCAGAUCUGUAGGCAGUGAGAGCAGUUCAAAAAAAUGACUGUACUAUAUAUACCUGGAGUCAGCGCAUGCAGACUUCCAAGAUGGCACUAGCUGAGGUUUGUUUGCCACAUGAUGGGUUAUUUGGCUUGCUACCUGUUUGAAAUCAAUAUAGUUUUAUUAACACCACUGCAGACACCGAAAUACUGUAGUUUUGCAGAAUAUACGUUCCAUAAAUUGUAGCUUGACUGUAAUUGCAGGACUUAUCCUACUGUUAGAGCAGUUCAGAUCCAACACUAAGUUGCAUUUUGUAAAUUGAUAAAUGCCAUGAAAUUCCUCUCAACAUUUUGUAGUAGUAUACACGAGUUGAUGUAAUUUAGUCAUACCAUUAUUCCAAGAAUCUUCAUCUGAUGUUUCUAGCCAAUUCAGCUUUUGGCUGCUGAAAGCACAGUAGGUAAUUAUGGUUAUUUACUGUAAAUGUAGACAAGUUUUAUGUAAAUAUUUCAGGGGGAAAAAUGCUACAUAAACAUAUGAGGCAGUUAUCUAAAAGUAAGAACAUAGGUCAAUAAUAUAAAAGACAGGUUUUAUUUAUGUACAGUAGUAUCCUAAUAUUUGUUUAUAUGCAGAAAAAAAUCUUAAGAUUCUGUACUGUAUUCUCUGAAAGCUUUUAAAAGAGGCUCUGCCAUUUUCUCUGGUUAAUAUAUUUGCAAAUAACUUUUGAAUUUACUGGAAAUCCAUGUAAAUUAUGUCAAAUGGGAAACAUGUUACAUUGCAAUGAAAUGAGUUUAAUUCAAAAAUCCUGGCGAAAAUCAUUGGGUUGUAAUCAAUAUAAAAAUUCAAUAGCCAGACAGAAUAAAACACAAUAAAUAAGCUUUGUCUUUUGUUUUGUUUUAACCUGUGCCUCCUUUUGUUGUUUUCUUAACAUAUAUUUUAUUUAGUCCUUGUAGUCACUUCCUCCUGCGGGUCCUAAACUCUGCAUUAUUUGAUAGAAUUUUGUUUGUUCUGGGAAUUUUGUGCUGAUUUCAUAAUCUGACAAGAACUAUUAAGUCAUCUUUGUGAUAUAUAGCACCUUACUCUUCCCAAAGCCACAAUCCUUUCAAGAUUCAAGCACACACAACACAGCACCAAUUCUAAGUUGUCUCUAGACUACAGCAGAAACUCCCCUAAAUAUAGU